GCGAAAGCAUGCUACAGCUUUUCCUGCACCCACACCUCAGGUUACGCUAGCUCUGAAAACCCUAGCUUUGCUGAUUCAAUAAAAAAAAUAACAUUUUCAGUGGUUAUCACUGAAACAACAUUUCAAAAAACAAACAAAACAAAAAAAAUAGGACAACGCACAAGUAGUUGGGGGAAACGUGUACCUACCAAUGUAUUACUUUUAAGAACUGUACACCUAUUUGGACUCCAUCAAACAGCAUUGUAUUCCACUUCAGGACCAGCAUCUGAAGACGGCACGGCAGAGACUCACUGGCAUCCUGCAACAGAAGAUGGUGUCUCUAACUCCUCACUCUGCACUUUUACUCAUUGUCCUGAUGUGUAUGAGCCUGAACACUUCUGCCUUCCCCCAACCCUUCCAGAGAAUAUCACCUUCAGAUGGCCAGGAUUCUAUACAGGAGCAAUGGAAGGUCCUCUACCCUUCCAUCUCACUCCGUGACUGGAGCGUCCAAAUGUUGUCCAGCCCAGACUUCGGUGGAGCAGAGCCCAGGACGGAGCAGCUGCCUGUGGAUGAGUGGAUCCCCCUUAGCCAAUCACAGAUGGAGGAGAAACUGAUAAAGGGAUGGCCAGGAGACUGGCAGCAGCGGGUGGGCAACCAAGAAAAGAGAAACAUUGUGGUGGCAGAUGAUGCAGCAUUCAGAGAGAAGAGUAAGCUUCUCACAGCCAUGGAGAGACAGAAAUGGCUAAAUUCGUACAUGCAGAAACUGCUGGUGGUUAACUCAAAAUAAAUGGCUUGUGUCUAAAGAAGUUAUAAAUUACAUUAUUACUAAAAAAAAUGAAUGUUAAUUAGGUCACAAAACAGAAAGUAUGCUUGAUCACUGUAAAAUAUCUGUUCAUCAUUGUAAAGAAGCCAGACACUAUUUGGUCUAAUGAAAAGCACCUAUAUGUAUAUUAUGUAGUAGGCUGUUUGUUUAUCAUUGUUAGCUUUAAGUUGUAAACGAAAUUGCAAAAAAAGUUGCUAAUUUGUUUGAUUUGACUUCAAUUGUAGAAUUGUACGAUACAUGAACCAGACUGAUAAUCUCCAAAUAAAAGUCUUUUGAGAAAGCCUAUUAAAACAUUCUAUACUGUAGAAUAACUUGGGUUAGAAAAUAAUAUAUUACUUUAUUAAAAAAAAAAAAAUAGAAAAAAUAGAAACAGAGACAAUGCUGGUAUAGACUGAGAAAGGAGAGGGAGUAAUUUUCUCUGUUGGUCAGCUCUACACACUGCCUUCCAGUUUGAAAGGCAUAAAAUGUCAGAAUGUACAGAAUGUUUAUGGAAUGUAGGAGUUGCAAUUG